GCGGAUUCCUUCAUGUCUUGGUCUUCAAGGCUGUGGAGAGCGAAUGUCGUCAUGAGCGGCUCAUCAACAGCUUAACCACAGCCUGCCUCUGACUCUGCUGUGUGUCUUCCAGAACAACAGGACAGCAUGGCCACUGUUGCUGUUAGUCCAAGUGAAUACCUUCAACCCUCCACUGCUUCUACACAACAGGACACACAGCCUUCUCCUCUGGCCCUUCUGGCUGCUACUUGCAGUAAAAUUGGACCCCCAGCUGCUCAGGCCCCUGUCACAUCUCCUCCAACUCAGCCGCAACCUCGCAGGCUUCAGCCCAUAAAGCCAGCUCCCAUAGCACCGGCUCCACCCAAAAACUUGGGUUUUCUUUCAGCGAAGGGCAAUGUGAUCCAGCUCCCUGCUGGCUUGGGAUCCUCAGCUCCUGGCAGUCCUAUUGUGCUUACGAUCCAACAGAGCCCUGCACGCACCAACACCUCCGGCCCUACCAACAUCCAGUACCAGGUGAUGCCACAAAUUCAGAUGAUGCCGCAGGGGGGUCAGAUCCAGCUCAUACCAGGCACUAACCAGGCCAUCAUUACCACUCCUAUGACUGUGCCAGCCCCAGCUGCUGCUGCUGCAACACCUGUCACACCACAGAAGACUGUAGCCAUUAAACCCUCGCUUAAGGUACGGAAGCCGAACAACACAGCUGCAAAUGCGAUGCAGCUGUCCAGUGGGUUCACACUACCCCUCAAUGUUGCAACUGGAGAAGUGGGCGGAUCUGCUGUCGUCACAGAGACAGCCGCUUCCCCUCCCACACCGGGAAAAGGACGGCGAGGGAGGAAGAAAAAAAUGGUUCUGCCAGCUGAACCUCCACCGGCUCCUGCACAGGCUGCCUCGCCACCACCAGAGCAGAUGGAGACCAUUUUAAUUGAAGCUGGCGAUAACAUAAUACAGGCGGGGAACAAUUUGCUGAUUGUGCAGAGUCCUGGGCAGCCAGCUAUGGUGCAACAGGUUCAGGUGGUUCAGCCUAAGACCGAUUCCCAGUUGAUUCAGAUCCCCCAGCAAGCAUUGAAAGUGGUGAAAGCUGCUUCUGCCACGCUGCCUCCUGUGCCACAGAAACAGCCUGUCACUCCAAGUCUGCAGGUGACUCCACCGGAAUCAACACCAACCCAGAUCCUCUUUAAAACAGCUUCAGGUGAGUGGCAGUCAGUUCAAAUUCAAGACCCAGGCUCAACGACAACAAGCCCUACGACCUCUGUUGCCCCCACUAACCCCACAUCGACACCUGCCACCAGCAAGAGAACACAGGCUGGGGUACGAAAGGAGCGCACUCUGGCAAAGAUCGCCCCAGCAGGUGGAAUGAUAGCAUUCAGUCCAUCGCAACUGUCCUCUGCAGCACAAGCAGUGCAGACGAUCAGCAUCAAUGGGGUCCAAGUCCAGGGGGUUCCUGUCACUAUCACCAAUGCAGGAGGCCAACAACACUUAACAGUGCAGACGAUGCAUGGUGGAGGCCUCCAGCUGGCAACAACACAGGGCCAGCCUGCCCUCCAGGUAGACCAGGCUCUCACGCUGGAGCUGCCCAUUCAGCCAGGGGAGAAAAAACGGCGUAUGGCCUGUACGUGCCCCAACUGUAAAGAUGCAGACAAGAGGCCUGGGGAGGUGGGGAAAAGGAAACACAUAUGCCAUGUCCCUGGCUGCGAGAAGACGUUCAGGAAAACAUCACUUCUCAGAGCCCACGUCCGGUUGCACACCGGGGAGAGGCCCUUUGUCUGCAACUGGGUCUUCUGUGGGAAACGUUUCACACGCAGUGAUGAGCUGCAGAGGCAUGCAAGGACGCACACAGGAGACAAACGCUUCGAGUGCAAUCAGUGUAAGAAACGUUUCAUGAGGAGUGACCACCUGACAAAGCAUUACAAAACUCACAUAAACACCAAGAACUUAUGAGCCCACUCUAAUAACACUCAGAACUUUGCUACAGGAAGGAGUCAUUAGGUACAGGAGGUGUGUGCAAUUCACACAUGGAAAUAUCCCAGAAGAAGCCCCAUAGAUUCCCUCACUCCUUCAGAAUGCUUUUGUGACACGGUGUACAAAGAAAUCCUCAGGCUGAUCCAGCAAAGUUAUUCAUGGCGGUCCAUUUUAGUUGUGCUUUUAAACAUAUUUUUUUAUUGUUUUAAAAGAGUUUGAAAGCAGAUUAGUUUGGAUUUUGCAACUUGGGAAGGUGUGGCUUCAGACACAGAUCCUUAACUCUUCAUCCUUGCUGUGAACUUGUCUCUCACACAGAAUGAUUCAGACAUCAACAUGCAAAUCGGACAUCCUGGACAGUUUCUAUUGCUAUUGUCUCAAAAAUCGACACAUUUUUUAAUUGCCCAAAAUAAAUAUUACCCCAGUGGAAUAAUUUUAUUUUUGGUCACCUUUCAUCAUAUCGUUUUUGUCCUUUCCCUUCCAGUUGAGGUAAAACUUGUAAAAAUCAAAAUGUUUAGUAUACAUCCACUGUUUUAUGUAGUUCGGGUUAGGUAACAGCCUCAUCUGAAUAAUAAUAAUAAUAAUAAUAAUAAUGGUAAACAUGUUAAUAAAGUCUUACAUACUGAUUAGCUUGCUAAGUGGAGCUUUACAUAGAACAGAACAGCCUUUAAUUUACAGGACUGAUACAUAGCAAAAAGCAUCAGAACAGAAGACUAAACACACUCACUGUGCCUCUAUAUUUUAUUUCUAAUGUAUAUGAAUCUACAAACAAUAACAAGGCCAGGAGAUCCGUUGCAAGUGAAACAAUCCAGUAAUUACCGCUUCAGAGUGAUCUGAAUGUAGCAAUAUGAAGAUAUAAUUAAUUUAAAGAUGAGCAAAGAAAUUUGGGAUGAAAUGAUACAAAAAUGCAAAAGUUUCCAGGAUUCCAAUUGGAGCUUCUUCAGCAAUUCAUAAAAGUGAUUAAGUGGUAUGUUGUGAUCAACUAUUAUAUAACUGUCAAACCAAAUGGAAACUUUUAAACUUUAAUUUUAAGCAGGUCAAGAAACUAGAGUGAGAAUAAGAAAUAACAUGAAAGUCAAACGUACAAAUUCACAGAAUCUUUUGUGACUUUGAAUGAAAAACGUUAUCUGGCCAACCACAUUUAGAAAAACUAGAUCAGCAUUCAGGUUAAGGUGGUCAGUCAUGUUUAAAUUACAGAAACAUUUGUUUUAGCUUUGCAGUCUAAUUAAGGAAGGUCAAACAGCCCUCUGGUGUAAAAUGACCUAUCUUCAUAGAAUCAUUUUACAACAUUCUGCCAAACAUUAUCACACUCAGAAAUGUUGACUUUCCUUAAAGGUUCUAAACAUUACAUUGAGGCACAGCAUUGUCUCAAAUCUUUCUUUUCCACUGUGGGAUUCAAACAAGCAUCCAGGUACGGUUACAUCUGAGGAUCUGAUUUCAUCAUGCUUGGUACUGUGAAAUACCUGAAAUAUUUAUUUUCUUCAAAUAUUUCUUCAUGGGAACUUUUGGUUCAUCUGCUGAGUUUCAGACUAAAUUCUGUACAGGAAGUAAAAUUCAACUUUAUUCUUAAACUUUACCCUUUAAGAUAGUAAUAAACCACAGAAGCAUUUUUAGCAACACUGCUUGAAGAAUACUUUUGUAGAAUAAAGAAUCCUCAGAGAGGGAAGAUCUGUAAACAGUUGUAAAUGAAAGCCCGCUCCAAGUCCAUUUGCUCCUUUACUAAAUCGUAAUCCCAGUACUUUCUGCACAUUGUGGUGUUGUACCAGUAAACAAAUAAUUGCAUAUCAGUUUAUUUCUCAUUGUAUUAUUGUUACAUGACUAAGAUAGUCACAAAAUGUCCAAAUUCCUUGUAUGAUUUAAUUUAAAUUAAAGUGAUAUUCUGAAGAAGUUCGCAUUAUACCCUAUUUGAAUUUAGUUUGGUUCCGAUAAUGUUUUGGGCCUGUUAGCCCUUAUGAAAUAUGGCAGAUCCACCUGGUUAAACAAGGAUUCCUUUAAAUAGCCUCCUCCUCAAAGCUAUCAUUUAUCAGAGUGAUAAAUCCACAUUUCCUUCCUAAAUGCAGCCUAUAUGAAUGAGAAUAUGGAAAAUUACUUUAAAUCCCAAGCUGUCAAAGUGGGAAGGAAUUGAUGCAUGAUUAGUACGAAACGUUCCACUGCAGACUGCUUCAUGUCUAACCCACUGAAAGGUUGGGUACAAAACUACCAGAACUACAACGGUACAAAAUGGCGAAGAGGCAAAAAGACCAGCACCCACGAUAGCCAGCCCUCCAUGUUUUUUAUGUUCCAGUUUAAAAACAUAGAGACGCCUCCAAUAUCCCAUCCAAUAUUAAGCUUUUUCCACUGCAAAGUUUCGACAUACAUUUUUCUAGCCCUUUUUUAUUUUAUUUUUACUGGAUUGGUUUUAUUAUUCGACAAUCAUCUCACAAUAUGCCAAGAAAUAGUUUUUCCCCACUGUAUCAUCGCUUAAUGUCUUAACAGUUUGCUAGUCUACAGCAUUGCUUAGAUGUUGCUGAGUAGAAGAUCCUGCUCUGAAUACAUGCUGUCCCUUUCUCAUAUACCAGGAUGUUCCUAAUUCUGAAUGACUGGUUCAGUUUACAGACCUUUUAUUUAAUGGAUGCUGUUAAAGAUCAGUUAUUUCAUCUAUGUUAUGUUUCGUUACAGAGUGUUUCUAAUAGACUUGCUGAUUAUUUAAAAGAAUAAAUGGGUCACAGCAGGAUGAUUUGAACUUAAAUCUAGUGUCAAGUUUUAGGACUUUAAGUGCUUCACAGGGGUAAUAGACUUUGUAUUUUCGGUGGCCAAUAUUUGGUGUAAUAUAUUUUAAAAAAAUGGUCUGAAGUCCACAUGGAUGGAAAAAAAAAGGCAUAUAUUUAUGUUUUUCAUAAAUAUGUAAAUACAGUGUUUUUUGGAACCAGUAAAUGUAGGAUAUAAAAGGUUACAUAGGUAUUUGGUUGGCCUUGGUCACCCUGGAAGGAAAGAACCUUGUACAGUUUUUAAGUUAAAAUAUAUAAAUAUAUAUAUAUUGUGAAAUUGUAUAGAUUCAUUCCUGCUUUGUAUUAUAUGUUUAGAUUUUUUUUUACUGAAUGAGAGAUGCCUUAGACAGCUGCGCCCAGUGUUUAACUGUUCUUUUCUGUCUAAUUCCGGGUAACAUUUGUAAAACUUGCUUUGUGUUUCUAGCUUAUGUUACAUAAUGUCAUGGGCACUGAUUAAACCUCUAGGUUCCAUGUGUAAAAUUAACGCUGAUUGUAAUUAAAUAUAAUUUUUAUUUUCAAAUAAUGGCAGUUCUGGUGCUCAAUUUCUGUAAAUAAAACGAUUCUCCUACAAGCCUCACCUAAUGUUCUACAGCCACUUUGUGUUUGCCAGGAGAAUACAGAGAACCAGCAAAAAAUCUUCUAUGUUAAAGGUUUCUUACACACAUUUGCUCUUUUUCUACAGUCACCUCCUAAAUAAAGUGCUCAAACCAG